AUGAUGUCCAUUCAGGAGAAAUCAAAAGAAAAUUCCUCCAGUGUUAUUAAAAAGAAUGAAGAUAAGAAUUUAGAAACACAAGUUCAAGGUUCUCAAAAGAAUCUAGCAAAAAAAUCAGAUCCAAAGGAAGCUAUAAAAUCACUGGUUAAAUCUUCCAAUGAAAGUAAAGUAAAUCAGCCUGAAUUAGGAACAUGCAUGAGCACAAGGUCAGCAUCCAGUGAUCAAAAAGCUAGUAAACCUAUUAAUAAAACUAUGGUGACCGUAAAGGGACAUUCACAACAAGAAUCUACAAAACAGAAGAAAAUAUCUCAGAAAAAAUCAGUGCACGAAACCCCUAAAUCAAAUGAACAGCUGAACCGGAGAUCACAAAGACUACAACAGUUAACAGAGGUUUCAACAAGAUCUCUGCGUAGUAGAGAAAUUCAGGGUCAGACUCAAGCAGUUAAACAGGGUUUGCCACCAACAAAAAAAGAGCACUGUAGCAAUACUCAGAGUAAAUCCAAUAAAGCUAAAACAAAUCAGAAACAUGUGAAAAGAAAAGUAUUGGAAAUAAAGUCUGAUUCUAAAGAGGAAGGAAAUUCUGUAACUAAUGAAGUGAUCAAUUCCCCCAAAGGAAAAAAGCGCAAAGUGGAGCAUCAGAUGGCUUACACUUCGAGUUCUCAGUGCUCGAAAGGGUCUGAAAAGCGUCUGCAGAAAACCAGGAAAGAAGAAACAAAGUCUUCUUCUGAGAUAAAAAGAUCCAAAGUGGCUACUUCAGUGGUCUCUAAAAAGAAGGAGAUGAAGAAGUCAGUUCCCACACAAGUGAAUACUAGUGCAAAAUCCCAAAAAUGUCCACAGCCAUCAGUGCCUGAACCAACUGUAGACAAUGGGCUGGAGCACGCAGGAACACGCAAACGGGGGAGCAUUCUCCAGCUCUGUGAAGAGAUUGCUGGUGAAAUUGAGUCAGAUACUGUAGAGGUAAAAAAGGAAUCUUCACAAAUGGAAAACGUAAAGGAGGAGAAGCCUACAGAAAUAAAACCGGAAGAGACAGAGACUGAAAGACAAACACUUCAUCAGAAGGAAGCGAAUCAGGACGUUCAGUGUAAUCGUUUUUUCCCCAGUAGAAAAACAAAGCCUGUGAGAUGUAUACUAAAUGGAAUAAACAACUCAACUAAAAAGAACUCCAACUGGACUAAAAUUAAACUCUCAAAAUUUAACUCUGUGCAGCAAAAUAAAUUAGACUCUCAAUUUUCCCCUAAAUUGGGCUUAUUACGAACCAGUUUUUCACUACCUGCGUUAGAAACGCAUCAGCAAGUGACUCAAAGUACAUUUUUAGGGUCAAAACCAUAUGGUGAUAAAAAUAAAGCUUGCCAGCAGGAAGAAAUGAAAGAAGUUAAUUCUGAAGACGUUAAACCUAAUGAUAUUGCAGUUGAAAUGAAUAAAAUCCCCAAAAAGACUCCUGAAAAUUGUCAUUUGGGUAAUCAGAUAAAACCACCUUCUGACCAACCAUUGGAUAAGCAGAAGAAAGAUUCUUUUGAAUCAACACCGGAUAAGAAUUGCAGCCUAUGUUUGGAAUCUAAGCUUGAAAACAAUCCAGUGGAAAAUGCCACUACUGUCUCAACUCUGCUCAGUCAAGCAAAAAUUGAUACAGGAGAGAAUAAAUUUCCAGGUUCAGUUCCCCAACAGCACAGUAUAUUCUGUAAUCAGACAUCUAAGACAAGUGAUAACAGGGAGAUACCACCAAAUCAUUCUUGGCCCAAGUGUAAUUCUCAUUUGGAGAUAACAAUUCCAAAAGACUUGAAACUAAAAGAAGCAGAGAAAGCUGAUGAAAAACAGUUGAUCAUAGAUGCAGGACAAAAAAGAUUUGGAGCAGUUUCCUGUAAUGUUUGUGGCAUGCUUUACACAGCUUCAAAUCCAGAGGAUGAAACACAGCAUCUGCUCUUCCACAAUCAAUUUAUAAGUGCUGUAAAAUACGUGGGUUGGAAAAAAGAAAGAAUUCUAGCUGAAUAUCCUGAUGGCAGGAUAAUAAUGGUUCUUCCUGAAGAUCCAAAAUAUGCCCUGAAAAAGGUUGACGAGAUUAGAGAGAUGGUUGAUAAUGAUUUAGGUUUCCAGCAGGCUCCACUCAUGUGCUAUUCCAGAACAAAAACACUUCUCUUUAUUUCUAAUGACAAAAAGGUAGUUGGUUGUCUAAUUGCAGAACAUAUCCAGUGGGGCUACAGAGUCAUAGAAGAAAAACUUCCAGUUAUCAGGUCAGAAGAAGAAAAGGUCAGAUUUGAACGGCAAAAAGCCUGGUGCUGCUCAACAUUGCCAGAGCCUGCAAUCUGUGGGAUCAGCCGCAUAUGGGUGUUCAGCAUGAUGCGUCGGAAGAAAAUCGCUUCUCGCAUGAUUGAAUGCCUAAGGAGUAACUUUAUAUAUGGCUCAUACUUGAGUAAAGAGGAAAUUGCUUUCUCAGACCCUACUCCUGAUGGAAAACUGUUUGCAACACAGUACUGUGGCACUGGUCAGUUUCUGGUAUAUAAUUUUAUUAAUGGACAAAAUAGUACCUAA